AUGGCUUCAUCAUCCUCACUCGUACUAGAUGAGGUGCGCCUGCUCUUGUCCCGGACGCUGUUCCCCAUCUUCCUCCUCGCGCCGAUGUCGACGACCGUCCAAGAGCAGUCGCACCUCCACCUCGUACGCCACGUGUUACAAGAGUCGUGGAGUUGGAACCGGCUCAAGAAGGUACGUUCCGGCCUCGUCCUCGAGCUGUACAGGCAGAUGGAAUGCUCAGAAUUGGGCUCGGGCGUACAGUACGUGGAGCUGCAGGCGCGAUCAAAUUCGAGCACGGUCGAACUGGUCACGUCCUAUUUGCUUUCCGUGCUGGCGUACCCGUUCUAUCGGUCGGAUCCGGAAGUGGAUCUUGCUGCGACACGUACGUUCAUACACUUUUAAAGCGUCCUCAACCGAACCUGACGCUGCCUUGGCCCUCCACCAGUCCGGGUCGUGCUCUCUCUGCUCUCGGCCCUCUCGAGCAUAUGGCUUGCGCGGAGAAUACGACCCGCGUUCGGGACCAGGACUGCCAAGUAUUACUUGGUGUUUGAGGCGACGCAGCUGUUGGCGACGAGGGAGAUGACGAGGUUGGAUGGGCUGUCGUUGGCGGUGCCGCUGGGUGAGUUUGCGAGAUGGGGAGAGAGAGGGGGGGGGGAGGAAGGCCCGUUCGUUGGAUUGAGAGAGCUCUCGCUUGGUGACUCAUUUCAACAGUUCGAAUCGCAUCCGCACUCCUCAUAACCCCACGUCUCCCAAGUCCACUAGACGCCGACGACCGACCCCGCAACGCAUCAUCGAACAAGACACCGUCCCUCGACACCGUCCUCGGAUUGAGUUUGCUCGCUCUUGCGAGUGUGGUGCUGUGUCCGGCCUUGAUCGCGCUGUUGGUGCCGAGUUUGUGGAAUGCUUGGUCGAGUGGAUCGGUCGACGGGGUACAGGUAUUGGGGAUUGUAGGGGGGUUGAUUGGGGUCGAGGCAGGUGAGUGAUCUUUCAGCUCUACGGCUUCUUCGUUUCGUAAAGUGCGGACCCUGAUCCGGAAUUUUUCAAUUCCCACCUCUCUAGCUCUGACCAGCCUCACAGACCACCCCUCCUCCUCUCCUCCCCUCCUCCUCUCCACACUCCCCACCACCCGCCUAUCUCACCUCUUCUCCACCUCGCAAAACUUCGACCGUUCCUCCCUCUUCCUCCCCUACCUAACCCUCCUAGGCCCAACCCUCCUCUUCUCCACCUUCGCCUUCCUCGUCGAUAAAAGAUGUCGAACACUCCUCGGUCCCGCGAUCAUCGCUUUACUAAGCCUACAUCAUUUCCCUUGGCUCGGCGGCGGCGGGGGUGGCGGCGGUGAGGAGGAAACGAUGAAGAGGGUCAGGAUCUUGGUUUUGGUUAGUUCGACCGCGUGCGGCGUUGCUGCGGCCACUAGCGCGAGGCUGGUCGGGAUCAUGUGA